AUGCGCCGAGUGACAGGAUCCACUGCGCAGGCGCAGCGUCCGCCGGGCUCGCGGCCAAACACGGCGUGGGGCGGGGCUUCGUCUCACGGCGGCGGCGCCACGUCGCGCCUCAGCGCUUUUCCGCGCCUGGCGGGCGGGAUAGCUGCGUGCUCGGCUUGUUGCGGGCUUUUUUUGUGCGUUUGUUUUCCCCAUCGCUUUGUUUCACCACAGGUCGAGCCCUCUGAUACUAUAGAAAAUGUGAAAGCUAAGAUCCAGGAUAAGGAAGGAAUUCCUCCUGAUCAGCAGCGACUGAUUUUUGCUGGGAAGCAGCUGGAAGAUGGCCGCACGCUGUCUGACUACAACAUCCAGAAAGAAUCAACUCUUCACCUUGUGCUGAGACUGCGUGGUGGUGCUAAGAAAAGAAAGAAGAAGUCUUACACCACCCCCAAGAAGAACAAGCAUAAGAGGAAGAAGGUUAAACUUGCCGUGCUCAAGUACUACAAGGUGGAUGAGAACGGCAAGAUCAGUCGUCUGCGCCGAGAGUGCCCCUCUGAGGAGUGCGGGGCAGGAGUCUUCAUGGCUAGCCACUUCGACAGACACUAUUGUGGCAAGUGCUGUCUGACAUACUGCUUCAAUAAACCUGAAGACAAGUAAAUGUACUAGACAAUAAAAAUCUCAAGUUCUGUA